CAUUUUUUGACAAUAAACUUGAAAAACUUUCAAGAUCACGAAUUACAAAAGCAAGAAUAUUUAAUCUAGAUUUUUUUUUUCGAAAGCUCAGAAAAUUUGUGAUAGGUUUAUGUCAAUUUCGUGAUCACAGGAAAACGAAAAGAAAUGAAAUUUUAUAAUCUGACAAAUUUUGAAGAUAAAGUUAUUUAAUGUCAAUAUCACGGAAUUGAAAAAAAAAAUCAAAAUAUUAGUGAUUCCGUUUAACAUCAAUUAGGUGUUUCAUGCUCUUCUAUCAGUACUGACCGAUGGAAAGUAUGCUGCUGGAAAAUCGACUUAAGAAUUUAUGACGAAAUUCACAUCAAUGCUGGUGCAAUUUGUUCGACACAUUAUUUCUACAUAAUGUCGCUAUUACUAAAAAGAACAAAGUGUAGAAAUUUAUUCACCGCAAGAAGCAAUGUUUGAAGAGAAGUUUAAGAGUUUUCGAAAAUGUCCAUACCGCAAAACUAGUUUAUCCACCACAUCCACAGGGCGACAUCUGUCGGAUUUGAGGGUGGUAAGUAUUACCUAAUGGAACAGUUAUCGUUUCCGUCUGUUCGCAACUCUUCUUGUCAGACGUUACACACCGAUUUUUAAUAAAUCAUUCGAUCACAGUUUUGAUGUGUAUUUAAAGGCAAAUUCUUUAGUAUCAACCAGAGUUGGCAUGCUAAAUUUUUUACCCAAAUUGAUAAUUUGUUAAUAACUGGGCCCGGAACUAAUCAAAUCCGCUCACCAGUUCACAAUAUCACAACCAAAGAUGGUGGAACUUUUUUCAAGAAAUAAUUGAUUUUAGUGUAUGGUUCAUGCAGCAAUGCCAGAUCAACGGAAUUUUUCCAAGAUCUACGAAAAUGACCCGAUUGUUGUGCAAAUACGGAUCCAGAUGGACAAAAUAUACAGAAUUUUGCUUUUUUUUAUAGGGAUUUUUAUCAUUUUCUGCGGAAAUUUAUGGAUUUUGCAAUCUUCAUGCAAAUGGGCACCUUGUCAAAGUAUCACCCCUCGCUCAACACUUUCAAAAGUUAUGACACCUACGGAAUUGACCUAGAAUAAAUAUAACAUCAUUCAAACACCUAUGAGACGUGUGAGAGUGCUGAUUUUUUUAGCAUCCAUGCUGCUGUUAAUUACAGGCAAACUGGAAUCCGGUGGUACUGAAGAAGUGGUUUACCAAGGUAGAACCAUCAACAGUAUUCCACCCGAUUACAGUUAAUGCAGUUUUGCUAAUAGUAUUACUUUUACAUCCUAUAAUGAUGUUCAAGUUGUUCUACAUUUGCUUAUAAUUCCCUUUGUUGCACAGUAGUUCCUCCGUUUGCCAAAAUGAGUAAAAUCCUACUCAAUUUUGAGUUAGUCUGAGCAACCCUGUGUUCAGAUUAUGUAAAUUUCCAAAAAUGUGUAUGUAUAGUUAUCUCGUAACCUCUCAAAAACCGUCUUCGUAGUUUAUGAAUAACCUCUAAUGUGGUCGUCGGAAGACUUUUCAAAUAAUUUUAACAAAAUUAAUGAUGGCUGAUUUUACCAAUCAAGUUAAACUCCAUCACUAUGCAUACUAAACCAAAAUAUAUCAACAAUUUUAUGCGAACAUAUUGUGUUUAGACAAAAAAAUCUGUGUUCAUUUGACUGUUUGUUUGUGUUAUAGUCACAACAUAUUUAAGGUAAUUCGUGACUUGUCCGGGGAUCAGAUGAACUCGUGACCUUUAGUGUGAGAUACACCACUAGGCCGGGACCGUCCCCUUACAGUCAAAUGUUAAAAUGUAUCACAAUAUGUUAUGCAGAAAAUUUCUUAUAUUUAGAAAUAGUUAGAUUUGUAUGAACAUUUGACCGUUGCUAGAGUGCUCCAUGAGCAAUCCAUUUGUGGACUAGCCAAGUUGUAACCAUGCUGAGUGAAAUACAGUCUAUUGAAGACCAACGCUUUGAACAUGCCACUAUGUAUGGCAUGUAUGCAAAUAAUCUUAAAUCGUUGAAUAGCAAUCAAAACAGCAAACCACUAUUAGCUGUUUACAAACAGGUACACACAAAAAAAAAUCUUCCAUAGGUCCAACAAACGACAUACUUGCACAAUCUCGACAGAAUCCUUCUAACAUUUCCCAGCCAAUGGCUGGUUCUUUCAAGAACAACAUCUUACCCCCUCACGUUCCACCUCUGCGGAUGCUGGACCUCUACAGAGCGUUUUAGCAACCACAACCGUGAAAGAGCAACCUACUCCCCGAAACCCCCACAUCACAUGCCAGGACGGUGUCUUCAAGUGCAACUGCAUUCGUUCUAAACCCCUGAAAACUGGUUGCUAACUGCAUUGAAACGGUUCUAUUACCAUGCACUAACAUGUUCUAUCCUCUCUCUAAUGCCAUCGCCGGUUCGUUAUCCAAACCAUCAGCAAACAAAUUCGCAAACGAACCAACCGCAGCAUACUAUUUUACCCACUUAAUAAAGAUAGCGCUGGGUAGAGCCGAACUUUGCGUCCGUUUGAGCCGGCUAUGCAUCCACAGCAUCCACGCGAUCGAUGAGAGAGUUGAACGCGCGCGGGUUGACGCUAGACACGAACUCGCUGCUGUUCCAUGCUGCUGUGGUGGUGCUUUUUGCUCUUCAAGGACAUCUCCAUCUUCGCGCUCGCGGUAGAGGAACCUACUUAGCACUUAGGAGUAGCCGCCGCAGUCACAGAUCGGAAGAAGGAGGUGGGAGCAUUUCUCGGUUUACUAUACUUUGCGACAUGAAAAACUCGAGAGCAGAUCGGACUUUUUCCCUUCUAUUUCGAUCUCGCUCUCGCUGGCAUUACUCUGCUGGAAGUUCUUCCACCGGAUCUAGUGAACUUUGUGCAUGUGUGAGAGUAUCUCUCUCGGGGGUAGUAUGUUCGAAUGGGGCUGGGGCUGGCAAAUUAUGUUUACUAUAUUUUUUUUUCGGAAAAUAACAACGUUCAGUCACUCUCCGUUGAAAAGGUGCUAAACCGAGAGAGAGAGACAUUGACUUGAUCUUGGUGGUGGUUUGGCGAUCAUUGUGGGAAAGAGUUGCGGUGGCGAGGGGUUCGUUCAUUCUAGAUUUGGAAUUGAUUCCGAGGUCUCUGUUGACUGUUUUGCAGAAAAAUCUUACUGUCAGGACUAGUAAGAAUUCAGUGUUACAGCUACGCUCGUCCGGACCGGAGUUGCACUUGGUCUAUUCUUGGUGUUCUCGGAUCGGUACAAGAAAAAAAAAACAUCCAUUCCUUUUACAGAGGGUGAUCGUUAUAUUUAGUAGAGUGAUUGAAUCAGGUUAGCACAUUAUGGUUUUAUGAAUGAAACAAGUAACGCAACAAGUGUGGUGUGCCAACAAAGUGCCCCAGAAUUUGGACGGAACCGGUGACACAAGUUCUAUCGCUAGUUGGUGUAAAUUUUUGUGCAAGGACAGAUGAAAAGGGAUUUCCUCACCUAGAUUGCCAUCGAUGGAAGCUUGCUUUGUGAGUGCUGUUCGGAGUGAUUAACGGUUUUCGGUGGAACAAAAACAAAAGUGAAAAAAGUGAUAGAAUUUAGUAGGAUUGUAGUUUAGCAGCACAAGUUCGGGUGCCAAAAUGAUAACCAUGGAUGUGCGAGAUAACUUUACGGAUUUGACAUGGGCUUCGAACUAUAUUAUGAAGAUGGCAGUGGACGAGUAUCAGGCGGAGCGGAACUGGACGCGAUUGGUUUAUCAGUAUUGGGAACUUGUGGAGGAGCUGAUUGGAGACCCCCGUGCCAAGGCACUCCCUUUUAUGGACAACCCGCUGCCAACGUUCGGAAUGAUUGUGACGUACCUCGCCUGGAUUCUGGUGGUUGGACCGACGUACAUGCAGGACCGGAAACCAAUGCAGCUGACCAGGACACUGUUCUACUACAAUCUCUUUCAGGUGCUGCUGAGUGCGUACAUGUUCUAUGAGCACCUGAUGGCCGGCUGGGCGAGGGGUUACAGUCUGACGUGCGAACCGGUUGACUACUCUGAUGGGAUGCUCUCACGAAGGAUGUUCAACCUGUGCUACGUAUACUACCUGUCGAAGCUUUCAGAAUUCGCAGACACUGUGUUCUUCGUGCUCAGGAAGAAGAAAUCGCAGAUUUCUUGGCUCCAUGUGUAUCACCACUCCUUGACUCCGAUCGAAGCGUGGAUCUUGACUAAAUUCCUAGCUGGAGGAAACACAACACUGCCAAACAUCAUCAACAACUUUGUCCACACACUGAUGUACUUCUACUAUCUACUGUCGUCGAUGGGGCCUCGCUAUCAGAAGUACCUCUGGUGGAAGAAGUACAUGACCGAGAUUCAAAUUGCUCAGUUCAUCAUCUGCAUUGUACACGCCAUCAACGCUCUGGUGACGGAUUGCGCGUACCCGAAGUUCAUCACGUUCCUGCUACUGCUGAACGCAAGCAUAUUCUUCGUCCUGUUUAUGAACUUCUACCUGGAAAACUACAAAAGGACAACGGCCGCGGUGGCGGCGGCUGUCGCUGCCGAAAACGUCCACGAGUCGCUACUUGUAGCAGAGAAUAACAACUGUCUCAAGCUGGACGACUUCUCCAACGUCGAACAACGGAGCGAAUCCAGGAAAGAUCAGUGAUUAACUAAGUAAGGACCUGUAAAACCGAAAAAAGUCUGAGAGGGAACCAUAAGUGAUUUGUUCAGGAGUGUCUCCUGGACACUGCGCUACGUUUGUAAAUAGCAGAUUUCAACACACUCGAAGUAUUCUACGAUCUUUGUUUAUGCUUAGCUAGUAGCUUAGGAUUAAUUAUCGUUACAUCGCCGUACUAAGACCCGAAACAAGUAGGUAUAUACGUAAAUUGAAUUUUAUUCUAUACUAGACACCGUUUCGAUCAAGACUGUUACUAGUGAAAAUACGAGUCUAAACUUUUGUACUUGCUCAACUUAACACUGUACCCUGGAUUGUAAAUAAAGCCAUUCGAUUUUGUA